CACAACAUUUAUGCGAGAACCCGACAAGAUCUCUGUUGUCCGUUUCUAAUUUUUCCUCCAUUGUAACAGUUUAAAAGAAAUGCUCCUUUGGUGAGGAAAUAAACUGAUUCUAACUAACCGCGAGUAGCUUACUUCAUUUAGCAUAUUUUACAAAUCUACAUUCAGCCAUGGCAGAUUUUAUUGAGUCUGAAGCAGAAGAAAAUAGUGAGGAGGAAGAGUUAGAGCCUCAUGAACGGAAAAAGGUCAAAAGGAUAAAAGCUGUAGCUGAUAGUUCUGAUGAGGAAGAAGAAGAUGAUGAUGAUGAAAGGUUACGAGAAGAGCUCAAAGAUCUCAUAGAUGACAAUCCUAUUGAUGAAGAAAGUGAUGCUGAAUCUGAUGCUUCUGGAGGGGAGAAACGUAAGAAAUCAGAUGAUGAAGACCUUGAUGAUCGUCUUGAAGAUGAAGAUUAUGACUUACUUGAAGAAAAUCUGGGUGUUAAAGUUGAAAGAAGGAAAUUUAAGAGACUGCGACGAAUUCAAGAUGAAGAAAGUGAAGGGGAAGAAGAACAGGAUACAGAACAAGAAAGAGAUCAUAUUGCAAUGGAUCUCUUCUCUGAAGAUGAGAGAGAUGAACACAAUCGAAGAAAGGACGACGAACGGCGCUCGGAACGGAGCCAACGGCCUGUGGUCGAACAAGACGCGUUCGGUGAAGAAGAAGAAGAGGACGACUAUUCGGACGCCGAUGACUUCAUCGUGGACAAUGAUGGCAGACCGAUUGCAGAGAAGAAGAAGAAACGUAGGCCGAUCUUCACCGAUGCGGCGCUGCAAGAGGCGCAAGAGACGUUCGGUGUUGAUUUCGAUUACGAUGAGUUCGCGAAGUACGAGCAGGACGAUUAUGAGGAAGAUGAGGAGGAGGAAGAGGAUGAGUAUCAGGAAGAGGAAGAUGGUGAAAGGCGACGUCCCAAGAAAGCUGCAAGAAAGAAGCCCACAAAGAAGUCCAUCUUUGAAGUCUAUGAGCCCAGCGAGCUCAAACGAGGGUUCUUCACAGAUCUCGACAAUGAGAUCAGAAACACUGAUGUUCCUGAGAGAAUGCAACUUCGCGAUGUCCCCAUCACGUCAGUUCCUGACGAUUCCACAGAGUUGGAUGAUGAAGCAGAGUGGAUCUACAAACAGGCUUUCUGCAAGCCAACAGUCUCGAAUAUGGAUGCUCAUCUGUCUCCAGAAAUGAGGGAAAAACAGAAGAAGGGUCCUCAGACUAUAGGAAAGAUUAGAAAAGCGUUAGAUUUUAUGAGAAACCAGCAGUUGGAAGUACCAUUUAUAGCUUUUUACAGGAAGGAGUAUGUGCAGCCAGAACUGAAUAUUAAUGAUCUUUGGAAAGUCUACAAGUAUGAUGCAAAGUGGUGCCAGCUGAAAUCGCGCAAGGAAGCCCUGUUACAACUCUUCGAAAAGAUGCGAUCCUACCAAUUGGACCAACUGAUGAAAGACCCUGACGCACCGAUUCCGGAUAACGUCAGAGUGAUGAAAGACACCGAUAUCGAACGUUUGAAGAACGUCCAAACCGCCGACGAAUUGAACGACGUGCACAAUCAUUUCAUUUUGUACUACGCGCAGGAUUUGGCUGCCAUGCACGCCGCUUGGCGGGUGAAGGAAAAGGAGAGGAAGAAACAGGAGCGAAGGGAAGCUAGAUUGAGGCAAAUUGCUGAAAGCGAAGAAGGUGGUGGUGAAAUUCCAGACGACGUAGAGGAAGUAGAUGACGACGAACCCGAACCUGAAACUUUGAAAUACGCCAACAGAUCUGGAAGUUACGCGCUUUGCACCAAAGCGGGAUUAGAUCCUUUGGCGAAGAAAUUUGGUUUAUCUCCUGAACAUUUUGCCGAGAACUUGCGCGACAACUACCAAAGACAUGAGGUUGAUCAGGAACCUGUUGAACCUACAGAAAUUGCAAAGGAAUUCAUAUCAGCCAAAUUCCAAACUGUUGAGGAAGUUCUGCAAGCAGCAAAGUAUAUGGUAGCCCUCCAAAUAGCAAGAGAACCUUUAGUCAGAAAGUGUGUUAGAGAAGUUUUCUAUGAAAGAGCAAAGAUGAGCGUAUAUCCGACUAAGAAAGGUCAAAAGGUUAUCGAUGAACAACAUAACUGUUAUAGCAUGAAGUACAUAAAAGACAAACCAGUUCGCGACUUGACUGGCGAUCAGUUUUUGAAGCUAUGCAUGGCAGAAGAGGAACACCUUUUGACCAUUACAAUUAGUGGAUCAAUAGACGGAAGUACGUCAGGCUCAUACAUUGAUGAAGUUAAACAAUUAUAUAUAAAGGAUGAAUUUAGUAAAAACGUUCAAGACUGGAAUGCUCUGAGGGUGGAAUGUGUAGAAAGAGCUUUAACAAAGAGCGUUUUUCCAGAUCUUCAGUCUGAACUGAAACGGACGUUAUUAGCUGAAGCCAAAGAAUUUGUUUUGAAGGCUUGCUGCAGGAAAUUGUAUAACUGGAUCAAGAUUGCCCCAUAUGCUAAAACAUUCCCAGAUGAGGACGAAGAUGAGUGGGACACCAGCAAAGGCGUAAGGGUUAUGGGUCUGGCUUAUGUACCAGACUAUUCAGUGUCUGCCUUUGUCUGCAUAUCAGCACCAGAUGGGGAGAUAACAGAUUACUUGAGGUUGCCACAUAUCUUGAAAAGGAAGAACAGCUUUAGAUAUGAGGAGAAGAUGAUGAAAGAGGCCGACCUAACAUCUCUCCGUAAUUUCAUCUACAACAAAAAACCUCACGUGAUAGCAAUCGGCGGCGAAUCAAGGGAGGCAUUGAUGAUCGCCGAAGACCUAAGGCAGGUGAUCAAAGACCUAGAGGAGUCUGAACAGUUCCCGCAGAUCCACGUGGAGAUCGUAGACAACGAGUUGGCCAAAGUGUACGCGAACUCCAACAAAGGCAUGGCUGAUUUCAGGGAUUAUCCAGAGUUGUUGAGACAGGCGAUAUCUUUGGCCAGGAGGAUGCAGGAUCCACUCAUUGAGUUCUCGCAGUUGUGUAAUGGGGAUGAGGAGAUACUUAGUUUGAGGUUCCAUCCUUUACAAGAACAAAUAGGCAAAGAAGAGCUCCUAGAAGCCCUCUGCCUAGAAUUUGUGAACAGAACCAACGAAGUGGGUGUAGACGUUAAUUUAGCGGUUCAGCAGGCGCACAAGAGUAAUCUGGUUCAAUUUAUUUGCGGCUUAGGGCCGCGUAAGGGACAGGCUCUGCUCAGGGUGCUCAAGCAGACUAAUCAAAGGUUGGAGAACAGAACGCAGCUGGUUACUGCGUGUCACAUGGGGCCUAAAGUGUUCAUUAACUGUUCCGGUUUCAUUAAGAUUGAUACCAAUAGCUUAGGUGACAGUACUGAGGCGUACGUGGAGAUUCUGGACGGUUCGCGAGUUCAUCCCGAAACAUACGAAUGGGCUAGAAAAAUGGCCGUCGACGCUUUAGAAUAUGACGACGACGAAGGCGCAAAUCCAGCUGGUGCCCUGGAAGAGAUCCUGGACGCCCCUGAAAGACUGAAAGACUUGGAUCUCGAUGCUUUCGCCGAAGAAUUGGAAAGACAGGGAUUCGGUAAUAAGAGCAUCACUCUAUACGAUAUUAGAGCAGAAUUGAACUGUAGAUACAAGGAUCUGAGGCAGCCGUAUCGCUCUGCUAACCCAGAAGAAUUGUUCGAUAUGUUGACGAAAGAAACCCCAGAAACGUUUUAUAUUGGAAAGCUGGUCACAUCAACAGUUAUUGGUAUUGCAAGGAGGAGGCCGAAACCUGAACAGUUAGAUCAAGCAAAUCCUGUUCGUAAUGACGAAACUGGACUGUGGCAAUGUCCCUUUUGUUUGAAAAACGAUUUUCCAGAAUUGUCAGACGUAUGGAACCACUUUGAUGCUGGUGCUUGCCCUGGACAAGCGACAGGUGUCAAGUUGAGACUGGAUAACGGAAUAUUAGGAUAUAUUUAUAUAAAGAAUAUAAGUGAUAAACCAGUAUCCAACCCUGAAGAAAGGGUAGGCGUAGGGCAACUCAUACACUGUAGAAUAAUGAAAAUUGACGUUGAAAAGUUUUCUGUAGAUUGUACAUCGAAAUCUAGCGACUUAGUGGAUAAAAAUCAUGAAUGGAGGCCGCCUAGGGACCCAUACUACGAUGCACAACGCGAAGAGGAAGAUCUACGGAUAGAAGCCGAGAAGAAAAAGGACAAACAGCAAAAAACGUACAUAAAACGAGUGAUAGUCCAUCCGGCAUUCCACAACAUUUCCUUUGCUGAAGCUGAGAAAUGUAUGGUCAACAUGGACCAAGGCGAAGUGAUAAUCAGGCCUUCCAGCAAAGGAGCAAAUCAUCUUACUGUUACGUGGAAGGUCGCUGAUAAUAUUUAUCAGCAUAUUGAUGUUAGAGAGGAGGGCAAGGCGAAUGCAUUUUCAUUAGGAAAGUCUCUUUGGAUUGGAAACGAAGAAUUUGAAGAUUUGGACGAAAUUAUUGCUCGACACGUUACACCUAUGGCUUCUCAUGCUCGAGAUUUGUUGACGUUUAGAUAUUUCAAAGAAUUCAACGGUGCAAGAGACAAGGCUGAUGAAUAUCUGAAAGAAGAGAGGAAAAAGAAUGGAUCGAAGAUUCAUUAUGUUAUUAGCGCUGCCAAGAACAUUCCUGGGAAGUUCAUGCUGUCCUACCUUCCAAGGGAUAAGGUCCACCAUGAAUACAUAACAGUCACACCGGAAGGUUUCCGAUUCAGGCAGCAGGUGUUCGACUCGAUAGCGUCGCUAUUUAAAUGGUUCAAGGAACACUUCAGGGAUCCUCUGCCAGCAGGAACGCCAAGAAUGUCAAGUGGAAGGACGCCAUAUGGCGGUGCAACUCCCUCGUUCAAUAUGAAUCCAGAGGCAAUCCAAAGGGUGGCUCAGAAUCUGCCGUCGCAUAUGAUGCAGACCUUGUCAGCUGUGGCGAACCAGACGCCACACUAUGCGCAUACACCUGGUGCUUAUGCCGCUGCUGGAUUUAUGAAUACCCCCUACACUCCGAGUGGCCAAACCCCGUACAUGACGCCCUACCAGACGCCGCACACCGCCCAAGCGACACCACGCUACGGUAGCAGCACCGGCGGCCAGACGCCCUCCCAGCACGCGGCAACCCCUGGCGUGGCCGCGAACGGUGGAACCUUUUUGCAUCCGGGGGCCGUCACGCCCGGCCAGCGCACGCCCGGGCAGUACAGCAGGCAUGGGGCCCCCACGCCGCUACCAUCGCUGCCUUCCAGUCCGGUGCCCAGUCCGUCGUCGCAGAGUUCGUUCGGCGGGAGUGUCAGGGGAUAUGGCGAACCCCCUGCGGCGGCUAGGUUCCCGGAUAGCAGAUACCAACAGCCCGACUCGAGGUACCAACAAGCUGAGGCACGGUACCAGCAAACAGAAUCUAGGUUUCAACAGUCUGAUGCUAGGUACCCAUCAGAUUCGAGAUAUCCGACAGAAUCGCCUAGAGGAUACGGUGGAAGGGGGGCGUAUCCAGAUAACAGAUACGGUUCUUCUACUGAAUCCAUGGAUUGGCAGAAAGCCGCCGAAGCUUGGGCAGCGAGAUCCAAAGCAGGUACUCCUCGAAGCGAAGGGCGCAAUACUCCUCGCUCGGUGGGUCAGAGGACGCCCAGGUACGACCAAAUGAGCGACAUAGACAGAAGAAUGAAGAGUAUGGGCAAGAGUCCCAGGUCAGCUAGAUCCACGCCUAGAACGAAUACAUCCCCUCAUUCUAUGUCAUUAGGGGAUGCAACUCCAUUGUACGACGAGAACAUAUAAUCGCAUAAGGUGAACGUUUUUUUUUUUAUCAAUGGAGCUCACUCGUAUCGGUUGUUCCGUCUACUUUCUUGUGUUGGUGUUAUCUGAUCAUCUUGUUACGUAUUUUUUUAUGUUGAAUAUAUUGUCAAUAAAUGAUUUUAGGAUAUAUUUGUUUUGGAAAGUUAGCGUGAUCUCGAAAAUUAGCGAUUGGUUCAAGUGAACAAUUGCUUCUUUCACUAGGAAAGUUGCCAUCUUUUUGGCAGAUUUUGGCGCCCCUAUUCUGUGAGGUAAGACGUGAUAUUCAUAUAUUACAGUCGUAUCAGGGUGGUCUCUUAGUUCUAAACAUUUAAAGCUUUCCUUGGGAAAGGAAUACAAUCAAUCUAUUGACACCUUUAUGCAAUCACUUUUUUCAAUUUUAUUUUAUUUUUUAAUCAUUUAUCUAUUUACAAAAGCAAGCGUCAAAGUUCUAAAGUGAAGUUUAAACUUCAGAAUAAAUACUGUAUCAUUGUUCCCCAGAAAUUGAGCAAUAUAUUAUUAUGUACAUAAGUAUGUAUACAUGUCUCGCAGAUAUUAUUUCACUUUUCCUUACUUUCAAAUUGAGUGUUGAAUAAUGUUAGUAUCAAAUAUACAGGGUGGCCCAAAAAUAACACGCCAGAGUGACACGGGAGGUAGAUUGGCUCAGAUCAAUCAGAUAAAAUCAACAUGAUCUUAGUAAAAGUUUUCUAGUUUUCGAGAUAUUGCCACUUUAAGUUUUUUUAAAUCCCUAGUUUUUGCUCCUUUUUGCCUGUUAUGGCUAUAAAGAACUUCUAUGAUUUUUUUCAAGGCUACACUUAAUAGUUGGUUGAGACAACCGAGUAUUCAUUCCAUUGAAAACUAGCACGGUGUACUGAAAAAAUCUUACGUAUUACAGUUGGUUUCAAUACGAAAACCUUUACUAAAGUUUGACUAAUUACUGUGAAAAAAAUUUACCAGACUGAAUCAGCAAAUGAUCUUAAAAACCAGCUAUUUAAUCCUCUUUCGCAAGUAGUAUAACAUUUGUAGGUUCUCUUUACUAAAAACUGAAUAAUUCCAACUUAUGUCAUUUGAGUAAUACUUGGGAAAUACUACAAAUAAAAAAUAGUAAGUGCAGCUGUCUUUUGUGUCCAAAUUUCAACUUUGCAGUUGCUGUAAUAGCUUUUUAUUUUAGCGAAUGAAAAAAACAGCUAUCCAUUAUCCUUUUUUAUUCAUUGUUGUAUGUAGUCAUCAAAAUAAUGAAUAGAACAUCAAGUUGUACUAUUUCAUUCACAUUGUUUUUUACAACAUUCAAAUCAAAUAAAGAAUUAGAAGUCAUUAUUAACAUCGUAAAUUAACUAUAUGAAAAUUAAAUUAACAUCUUGUAAUGUAAAUAUUGCCUGAAAUAAAUGAUUAAUAUUAUUUUCACAACAGAUUUUCAAAAUGUCUACCACCGACUCUUAUACACAACCUGCAUCUUCUUGAAAAUUGACCUUUUAAAUGUCUCAAACUUGAAUCGGAUAUUUUGCGUGCCGCUUGACGUGAUCGAUGACGCAGUUCAUCGGCUGAUCGAACUGGUUUUCCAUAGAAGCUUAUCUUUUAAACAUCCCCAGUCAAAAAUCCAGAAGGUUCAGGUCUGGGAAGCGUGGGGGCACAAAAUUGAUCCUAGCCGGCCAAUCCAUCUACUAGGGAAUGUUUCGUCAAGAUAUCGCUUUACUGCACUAGCAUAGUAUGCAGGGCACCCAUCAUUCUGUAACCACAUGCUUUUUCUUGUCUCAAAAGGCACAUCUUCCAAAAGAAUGGGUAGAAACUAUAUAAAUUUAAUUUUUUAAGAUCAUUAAUUUGCCGAUUCAGUCUGGUACAUUUUUUUUUACAGUAAUUCGGCAAUCUUUAGUACAGGUUUUCACACUGAAAUAAAAUGGAAUAUUUUAUUAGUAUACCGUGAUAGUUUCCAAUGGAAUGAAUACUCAGUUGUCUCAACCAACUAGCAAUGAUAGCCCAGGAAAAAACAAAAGCUAUAAGAAAAAAGAGCAAAAAGUAGGGAUUUUUUGAAAAAGCUUAAAAGUGGCAAUAUCUCUAAAACAAGAACACUUUUACCAAGGUCAUGUUGAUUUUGUCUGGGUGAUCUACAGCGAAUCUACCUCCCGUGUCACUCUGGCAUGUACACCCUGUAUAAUUUCGAUUGAGGUAAUCUAGAUCGAAUACUGAAACAUGGAAUAUCUUAUCAAGUAGAACUAGAUGAUUUUUUAUGGUAUAAAAGAAACAAAUGUUACUGAUUUUAUUUAUUUCAUAAUACUUAUACAAUUAUACAAUAAGGACAAAAAUUGUAUUUUUGUCGAUUAAAAUAAACAAUAAAUUAAAAAUUUCC